GUCACAACAAAAACACAAAAUUCAUUCGGAUUCUAUUUUGGUCAUAAAAUUGUGCAUUUCAUUGUAUUCUAGAAAGAAAUAAAGCUUAUUCUACAAAAUACUUCAGCAGGAUGAGUGAAAGUAAUAAUGCGGCCACUAAGGAGGAUAUAAAACCUAAAAUUAAACACGAUUGGUAUCAAACAGACGCGCUUGUGGUAGUAACGAUAUUAUUAAAAAAUGCACCAAGUGAUCAAGUGAAAAUACAGUUUGGUGAAAGGAGUUUAUCAGUGUCCAGUCCAAUUCCAAAUUCUGACUCCGAAUACAGCUUAGAACUAGAACUGGCCCAUGAGAUUAUUCCAUCAAUGUCCACAUAUGUAGUUAGUCCAUCCAAAAUUGAAGUUAAACUUCGCAAGAAAGAAGGUCUAAGGUGGAAUCUAUUGGAAGGAGAGGGCAAAGAUGAAAAAAUUAAAGCAAUUCCACAGGCGGUAAUUGAUGCUUCUGGUCCUCAACAGCCACCAAAAAUAUUUAGAAAAGAUUGGGAUAAAAUUGAGAAAGAUAUUAUAAAAAUGGAAGAAGAGGAAAAACCAGAGGGAGAUGCUGCAAUUAAUGCUCUCUUCCAGAAGAUAUAUGGAGAGGGAUCAGACGAGGUCCGACGAGCUAUGAAUAAAAGCUUUGUGGAGUCCGGUGGUACCGUCCUCAGCACAAACUGGAACCAGGUGUCCCAGGAGAAAGUGGAUAUCAAGCCGCCAGAUGGACUCGAGUUCAAGAAAUGGGAGGUUUAAAGCACAACAUUUUUAUUUCGUUUUCUACCACUUUCAAAUAUACAGCAAAAUUAAUAAGCAAUAACUAAUAUUAAUUUGCAAUAA